UUCCCCUCCUGUCCAGCAUGGUGACUGGUGACCUACACCUGCCAUUAUAUAUGGGUGUAUCAUUGUUACAAAAAAGUUAUCCUGUGGGAUUUCCUUCCUACAACCUAAGUGAAGGGCUGAAGGACAGUUUUUAUAACCGACUAAGAGGUGACCAUCUGACCCUCACAUUACAUAGGCACGUGCUGUUGAUAACAAAAUUGGGGAGCGAACCAAAGCAGCAUGUUUAAGUAGAGUGCAAUCAUUAUUUAUAAGUCUUAUUUAUACGGCUAGAUUAAUGCUUUCACUUCGGAGACGUUUUACAUACUAAUUACUUUUUGUUAAUUUAAUUUUUAAAUUAUUUUUAAAAAGUUGUAGUCACUUUUUCUUCUAAUUAAUGCUGAUUCAUUUUGAUUUUCCUGGUUAAUAGAUUACCGUCCUAGAUGAGACAUGGACUGUGUUCAGGCGUUACAGUCGUUUUCGAGAAAUGCAUAAAACAUUGAAGUUAAAGUAUGCAGAGCUAGCUGCCCUUGAAUUUCCUCCAAAGAAACUGUUUGGAAACAAGGAUGAGCGUGUGAUUGCUGAGAGGCGAAGUCACUUAGAGAAAUACCUCAGGGACUUUUUCAGCGUGAUGCUCCAGUCCGCGACGUCUCCCCUGCACAUCGACAAGGUGGGGCUGACUCUGUCCAAACACACCAUUUGUGAGUUCUCACCGUUCUUCAAGAAGGGAGUCUUUGACUACAGCAGCCACGGGACGGGGUAGAGCCGGGGGUGACGGAGGGACCCACACAGCAGUGCCUUCUCCUCGAAGCGGGCUCAGGCCCAGGACAGCGUCCCAUGUAAGGAUCCGGGCUGCCUCACGUCUUCAUACCCAGUGCCUGAGUCCGGGGAUGGGACGCUUCGCCUGCCGACCAUGGUGACCCUGGCAGGGAGCUGUUACUGCUCCAUUGAAGUUGAAUGUGGCCUUUUCCCAUAGCGCUUCCUCCUCACUGCGCGGCGCAGUGGCAAGAUGGCUGUGGCUUGAUUAUCUGGGGCUCCCUGAGCCAAGCCAACCUGGGACCUCCCAAAGUGGGUGGCUCACCAGACCACCCUUAAAUGACUUUCAUCUGGUUUCCUCUUUCACCAAAAUACACCCGUAUUUUUUAUACUCCUUCCAUGUGGCUGGCUAUACCCCAAGAAACGCUUUUUAAAUUAUUUCAUUGUAUUUUUUCUUCUUUCCUUCCUUUGAAUCAGAACUUUUAUAUAAUGCCUACACACUGAUGUUUACACAGAAUUUCAUAUUCUGCACAAAGGAUUUUUAGUCCAAUCAUGACUAGAGUCUUCCCCAUUUGACAAAUUGGAUGUAGACGGCAUCACUUAAAAUUUCUGUAAAUCCCUACAAAUAGGAUAUUUGUUUAACCUUGAAUAUCCAAGGCCAUUUUCCCAAACAUAAAUGCUACUGUGCAUUCUCGAGCUUUUUCUGCUAAGCACAAAAUGAGCGCAAAGCUAAAUGCAUAUUUUUAAAUAUUUUUCUGUUCACAUUUUUGUUAAAGAAUCUACUGGAUCUUUAGCAGAAAAAGUAGAAUUUACUGCAAUUUAUUAAUGAUCUCUUAAAUUACUCAGGACGUAAUGUAGCAUUUGCACAUCUAUAUAAAGUAAAACUGCUUUGUUUUACUAAAGAGAAAAAUGUGAGUAGAAAAAAUAUAUAUGUGGUAUAUAUUGAAAUGUAUAUAAUUCUGCAUAUAGAUUUAUAUAUGUACACACUCCUGUAUAAUAGUUGUAUCAAAAUUUAUAAUCACACCAAAUUUAUUAAAAGUAUUUGCUUUUUCAAAAUUUAAGUUGAGCUGCUAUCAAUAUUAAAUGAAAUUAUGAAAUCUA